AUGGGGUGCCAACCAUCACCAAUAGGAGCGAUAGUACGAGUACAUAUGUUCGAGAGAAGAUCGAUUUACACUGAUUUACACGUCUCAUUCUACCGGAGAUACGUGGAUGAUGCCGGGAGUCUAGCCAGCUCCAAAGAAGAAGCUCUGAGGAUAGUGGAGUCCAUCUCAAACGAGGACCCAGACCAGUUGCUCAAAUGGGAAAUUGACUAUCCGGAAAGCCGUCAGGAUUUCACCCCAUUCCUCGACACCCAGAUAAAGAUCGACGAACAGGGAACACUACACCACAAAUUCUACAGAAAGAAGCAGAAAAAGAAUAUCACACUGCACGCCAACAGCCACCACAAUGAGGGAACUAAAGUAGCCACCAUCAAGAACUUCUACAAAACGGCUGCUUUUUGCUCAUCAACACCAGAGUAUAAAGAAGAGUCCAUGAAGAUAGUAGACAACUUGUUGGUCAACAACGGUUACCAAGACCCACGACGUAUAAACAAAACAGGACGACUUCACCCUCUCUCACCUACAACACGUCAUAACCCUUCAUCAUCAAACAUACAAGAUACCGACCACAUGUGGAAUGUCGUCGUACAUUCCACUAAAUCUAAUGUGGUCUGA